AUUGCUGGCUGGGCCCUCGAGCUGGGGGCAGAGAGCCGCGGUGGGGGUGGGCGGUGGGAGGAACUUCUUCGAGAACCUUCCUUUGGCCCGGGCUGCGCUCUGAGCCAGGCACCACAUUCAGUUCGGAGGAGGUUACCCCCGGAUCGCGGGAUGGAAGCACGCUUCCGGGAGGCUGUGUAACUGAAGCCGCCGGAGUCAGCGGGCCGGAGAGCUCGGCGGCCACCUCUGCUCGGCUCGUGGAUGUUGACCGCCCCCUCGGAGAGUCCCCGCAGAUAUGGCGGAGAGCUGGCUACGCGUCUCGGGAGCAGGGGCAGCGGAGGAGGCCGGACCGGAAGGCGGCCUGGAGGAGCCCGACGCCCUGGAUGACAGCCUGACCAGCCUGCAGUGGCUGCAGGAAUUCUCUAUUCUCAACGCCAAGGCCCCCGCCCUGCCUUCGGGGGGCACCGACCCCCACGGCUACCACCAGGUGCCAGGCUCGGCCGCGCCGGGGUCUCCCCUGGCGGCCGACCCCGCCUGCCUGGGACAGCCGCACACGCCCGGCAAGCCCACGUCCUCGUGCACGUCGCGGAGCGCCCCCCCGGGGCUGCAGGCCCCGCCUCCCGACGACGUGGACUACGCCACCAACCCGCAAGUGAAGCCGCCCUACUCAUAUGCCACGCUCAUCUGCAUGGCCAUGCAGGCCAGCAAGGCCACCAAGAUCACCCUGUCGGCCAUCUACAAGUGGAUCACGGACAACUUCUGCUACUUCCGCCACGCUGAUCCCACCUGGCAGAACUCCAUCCGCCACAACCUGUCCCUGAACAAGUGCUUCAUCAAGGUGCCUCGGGAGAAGGACGAGCCAGGCAAGGGGGGCUUCUGGCGCAUCGACCCCCAGUACGCCGAGCGGCUGCUGAGUGGGGCCUUCAAGAAGCGGCGGCUGCCCCCAGUCCACAUUCACCCGGCCUUUGCCCGCCAGGCCGCGCCGGAGCCCAGCUCCGCCCCGUGGGCCGGGCCACUGACCGUGAACACCGAGGCCCAGCAGCUGCUGCGGGAGUUCGAGGAGGCCACUGGGGAGGCGGGCUGGGGUGCGGGCGAGGGCAGGCUGGGGCAUAAGCGUAAACAGCCGCUGCCCAAGCGGGUGGCCAAGGUCCCGCGGCCCUCCAGCACCCUGCUGCUGACCCAGGAGGAGCAGGGCGAGCUGGAACCCCUCAAGGGCAACUUUGACUGGGAGGCCAUCUUCGACGCCGGCACGCUGGGCGGGGAGCUGGGCACGCUGGAGGCCUUGGAGCUGAGCCCGCCGCUGAGCCCCGCCUCGCAUGGGGACGUGGACCUCACCGUCCACGGCCGCCACAUCGACUGCCCUGUUACCUGGGGGCCGCCGGUAGAGCAGGCUACCGACAGCCUGGACUUCGACGAGACCUUCCUGGCCACAUCCUUCCUGCAGCACCCCUGGGACGAGAGCGGCAGUAGCUGCCUGCCCCCCGAGCCCCUCUUUGAGGCCGGGGAUGCCACCCUGGCCUCUGACCUGCACGACUGGGCCAGCAUGGGCGCCUUCUUGUAAGAAGCCACGCCCUGCCCCACCUCCAGACAGCGCCCAAGUCUGGGCCCAGACUUUCCCCGCCCCUGCCAGUGCAGGCCCAUGGACACCCUACCGCCCAGGCAGGGGCUGGGCCAGGUCACCCCACGAGGCCACACGGCCCCCAGCCCAGGCCAUCCUCAGAUUCUAGUCCAGCAGGCUGAGAAUUGGGGCCCAGGACCAAAAUUGCUGCCUCCGCUCCCCAGCCCCCCAUACACACAGUGUUUCAUUGAUCCACUUCUUCCCUGCCCCAGGGACACGCUAAGGGCCCUGCACUAUGAGAGCUGCGGCUUGGAGGGGCCCUGGCCAAGCUGGAAGCAUCAGUACAGGGCCCGGCCCGCCCCAGAGCAUCUUGGCUUCGAAGCUUCUCUCUCUCCCGCUCUCCUCCCCAGGUCUCUAUCCAGAGAAAGUUCCCAGGUACAACAAAUGCUGAUUAGGUGACUGCAAAUUAACACCCUAGAGGCCUCUCUGGGCAGAGCUUCCCUGGGGCUGGGGCCGGCAGUAUGUGGGGCGGA